AUGCGGGUGCACGAUACGAGAGAGGAUAUGAUGCGGAGCAUAGUGAGCGAGAGUGGUUGGAAGAUGGCGGAGGUCGGAGUCUUCGUCGGAGACUUCUCGGAGUUUCUGACGACGCUGGAACCCGCGGAGUUGCAUCUGAUAGACCCGUUCGAGGGCAGGUUGUGUUCGGGAGACCGAGACGGUGUAAAUAUCCGCGUUUGCGAUGGAGACGACGCGUACCAUUACGUCUGCAAUAGGUUCCGAGGAGACGCUAGGUUUCGCGUGCACCGGGGCGCAUCGCCCGGAGCGUUUUUGCGUUUCGAUCAUGGUUAUCUCGACCUCGUGUUUCUGGAUGGUCUUCACACCUAUGAUGGCGUCAAGAAGGAUCUCCGCGCGGCCCUCUCCAGGGUGCGCAAGGGUGGCUGGAUCACGGGGCACGAUUAUGACGUCAAUCCCGAGAGAUGUCCGUACGAAUAUACCUUCGGGGUCAGAAGGGCCGUAGAUGAGUUCUGCGAGACCCACAGUCUGACCGUGUCUCACAUCACCGACGAUGGUUACAGGAGUUAUGCCAUCCAGACUCCUGAGUACGGAGUCGAGCCAGUAGCAAAGCAUUGCAACACGCUUGCCGCCGUGAGAAAGGACCUCCGCGCGGCCCUCUCCAGGGUGCGGAAGGGUGGCUGGAUCACGGGCCACGACUAUGACGUCAAUCCCGAGAGAUGCCCGUACAAAUACACUUUUGGCGUCAGACGUGCCGUAGAUGAGUUCUGCGAGACCCACGGUCUGACCGUGUCUCACAUCACCGACGACGGAUAUAGGAGUUAUGCUAUCCGGACUCCGGCGUGA